AUGAUUUUUCUCGCCACCAUCUUUCUGUCAUUACUGUCUUUCACCAAAGCCUCCUCGACAUUUUCCCCAGCUCGCCCACCAGCACAGCCACUGGCUGUCAAAUCUCCCUACCUAAGUGCUUGGCAGAGUGCCGGAAGUGACGGUGGUAAUGGCGGCUAUCUUGCUGGUCAAUGGCCAACUUUUUGGGCUGGACAAAUCCUUGGAUGGACCGGGCUCAUCAAUGUCGAUGGUGCUACUUACUCUUGGAUGGGAGCUCCUCUCUACGUGCCAACCGUAGACCAAAUUUCUUACUCCUAUACCAGUACAUCCAGCGUAUAUGUUUUGUCUGUAGAAGGCAAAGUCCAGAUCACUGCAACUUUUCUAUCUCCAAUCACGCCUGAUGACUUCCAACGCCAAUCGCUCAUUUUCUCCUAUCUGAAUGUGGAGGUUGUAUCUUUGGACGGUGGCGAGCAUGACGUUCAACUAUAUACAGAUAUUUCCGCGGAAUGGGUUUCAGGUGACCGCAACACAAUUGCACAGUGGGACUAUGGCACCAGUGGAAGCCUCUCCUAUCACAAGGUCUACCGCCAGACGCAACUGGCAUUCUCAGAAAUCAGUGACCAGACAGAGUACGGAAACUGGUGGUAUUCUACGACUACAGACAAUGGCUACACUUACGAGGCCGGCAUCGACGUCGAUGUUCGUGCCCAAUUCGGCAACCACAGUACGUUGAGCGACAGUGUCAACACCGACUAUCGUGCUAUCAACAGCAACUGGCCUGUCUUUGCACACGCUUUCGACCUGGGUAGUGUGGGCACCAGAAGUACGAGCCGCUUAUUCUCCAUUGGCCUCACUCAAGAAGACGCUAUUCAGUAUGAUGGCGCAAAUGGCGUAGUGCCUUUGCCUUCAUUAUGGAAACAGUAUUUCGAUGAUGAAAUUUCGGCCGUCUCUUUCUUUCAGAAUGACUAUGAGACUGCUAGUGAAUUAUCGUCUGCCUUGGAUCGUCAAGUGCAAUCGGACUCUGCAGCAAUCAGCAAUGAUUAUGCCACUCUUACGACUCUUUCUCUGCGACAGGCCUAUGGUGCAACGCAGCUUGUUGGAACAAACGAAACGCAAUAUGUCUUUCUCAAGGAAAUAUCGUCUGACGGAAACGUCAAUACUGUCGAUGUCAUCUUUCCAGCCCACCCUGCAUACCUGUACACUAACCCUAGGUUUUUAAAAUUGUUGCUGGCGCCUCUUUUCGAGAAUCAAGAAGCUGGCCAGUACCCUAACAGAUGGUCGAUGCACGAUCUGGGCAGUCACUAUCCCAAUGCCACUGGUCACACUGAUGGCAACGAUGAACAAAUGCCUCUCGAGGAGUGCGGUGACAUGCUGAUCAUGUCCCUAGCUUACUACCUCGCGUCAAAGGACAUUGACUUCCUCAACUCCAACUACAAACUGCUGGACCAGUGGACUCAAUUCUUGGUCGACGAAGCGCUCUACCCGGCCAACCAAAUUUCAACUGAUGACUUUGCCGGAUCGCUUGCAAACCAAACCAACCUAGCCGUCAAAGGCAUGAUUGGUAUAAAAGCCAUGAGUGUCAUUGCUAGCGCUACGGGCGACAGCUCCAGCGCAUCCAACUACAGCUCUAUUGCAAGCGACUACAUCACGCAGUGGCAGACACUGGGCAUCAACAGUGCCGCAAACCCGCCGCAUGCCACUCUCGCCUACGGAUCUGACGAUACUUGGGGACUAUUAUACAACCUUUUCGGCGACAAGGAGCUUGGCUUGAACCUUGUCCCGCAGUCUGUUUACGACAUGCAAAGCGAUUUCUAUCAGACUGUGAAUGCUCAAUAUGGAGUGCCACUUGAUACUCGCCACUCCUAUACUAAAGCCGAUUGGGAAGCAUGGGUCGCAUCGAUUUCAAACGAGACCACUCGCGACAUGUUCUACAGCGAUCUCGCUAAAUGGAUCAAUGAAACUCCUACUAACCAUGCUCUUAGCGACCUGUAUGAUACCGUCAGCGGUGACUAUCCGGACGGUAUUUUUUUCAUCAACCGGCCUGUCAUGGGCGGUGUCUUUGCGCAGCUUGUUCUGGAUAUGGGGCUUUCCCCUUGA